AUGGCCUACCUGGUGAAAAAGAUGGCAGCCUUGUGCUGGUUGCGAUCCUGUCUUGGCGCUGCUGAAAUGCCAGAUGUUUCUCUAGUGCCAUAUCAGAGAGUAGCAGCUUCGAAGCUUCUUUGGGCCAUCAUUGAAUGUGAUGCGCAGGGGCCUCAAGUUAAGAGACGCACAAAGGGUGGGCGCUUGCUUGGGUGGACGCACAAAGGGAUGCCGGACAAGCGCGGGCAUCGGCGCACCCCGGCUCAAGUUCAGCGAGAAGGUGCUAAGAGGAUCGAGAGGAAGAACCAGGAGUUGAUGGCUCUCCGUGAGGAGACACUGGUGAAGAAGGAGGAGGUGGAGGCACUGCGAGACAGGGUCGAGCAGCUCGAACUGAAGAAGGCCACACUCAUGCAAAAGCUGCAGCACCUCGAAAGUAGCCGCAGUGACUCCAGUGGUUCCUCGAGCUCUUCUGAAAGUUCCUCUGAAGGCUGGGCAGAAUGCCAAGUGAACAAUGCUUUUUUGGAGGGUGCUGAACAAGUACCGACUUUAUUUCAGAUGACGUGUUUGCUUGUGCCGGGGACCAUGAUAGGACCUGGUGUGGCCGAGAGCAAGCAGAUGUCAGGGCCCUCUGCCCAUGCAGCUGGUGUGAAAAGAGAAGGCUCCAGCGAGGGCGUGGCGCCCAAAAAGGCACCGAAGGACAAACGCUAUGCCUGGCGAGACCGCCGAACCGAGGGUCAGCUGAAGGCUGAAGCUGAGGUGACAGAGAACCUGGAAAAGGUGGAGCAGGACAUCCUGUCAGAACGUGAAGUGCAGGCAGAGCUCGAAAAUGAGAAACAGGAGCUAAAGGAGAAGGAGGCUGCCCUGACCAAAGAGAUUGAGGAUCUCAAGCAGAAAGAGAGGACCAUUUGGUACAUGUCGGACUUUUCAGGGCUGGAUCUUCCUGCCUCUGCCAUGCGUCGUGUGAAGCCUGACAUGGUCCACUUGUUCUCCUCUGAAGUGGACUCGUUUGGCUUCAAGUGCUAUGUUGCUGACCUAACAGGCUGUGUGGUCACAGCAGUACCCCGAGAUGUUUUGUUUGAGGCACUCUCGCAACUGGAGCCAGACAUCUUCGUUCUGCGGAUGAGUGUUGACCGCCAAGAUGAGGUCUACGCGAUGAUCCUCACCCAUGGCUUUGAUGAAGGCUAUGACCUCGAAACAUGGGCCCAUGGGCAGGACCGAACUAUGGCAUUUGUGGCUGGCAUCCAAAAGACCGAGAGUGCUAUCUUGGCUGCUGCCAAGGUGCCAGUGAUUUUGGAAAUGAUCGAAAAUGAGACUUGGGCUUCAGCCAUCAGUGUACGACACAAUGACAAGUCCACCUUUGCUUUGGAAGCUGUAAGAGAGCCGCGAACGUUCUUAACGUCCACUGCUUUUCUGCACUUUUUGACUCUGAUCCUGAAGAAGAACAAUGCACUUGAACCCCAGCACUACUCACUUCUCACCAAAAGAUGCUAUGCUGAGGCAAUCCUACGUGGAGACAAGGUGAUCGAAGCGAGAAGAGCAUCACAAAUAAAGAGCUUGAAAGUCGGAAUGACCCUGGCAAUGCAUUGGCGCACAAGUACUCGCAUCUAUUGCGAAGUGGUGUCACUGACCCAGUAUGACAAUGCGAAGAUCAUGGUUGACGAUGUGGGCCAUGCUGCCUUGGGGUUUGCCAAUCUCACUGACUGCUGUGAUGUCUACCACAAGUUUUACGGAGACAACCAGAAGAUGAUCGCAAUCGGAGUGAGCAACCCUCGUCGAGUGGAAGAUGUCCAGACUCUGAUCCUGAAGAAGAACAAUCAGCUUGGCCUAGGGCGAGAUGGACUUUUUUGCAACGCCCUGCCCCCCCCCUCCUUUUUGAGACUCUGA